AUGUCCCGCUCCGCUGCAGACGCGACCCGGUUCACGGCCACCGGACCCUACGCACACUCCAAGCCCGGCUCGGCCAGCGCGGCGGCCCCCUACAAGCUCCCUAGCUCGAUGGCCAAGCCCACCUCCCAGCAACAGCAACAGCCGCAGUUAAACGCCAAUGGCAGACCGGAGUCCCCCAAGGAAAAGGUUGAGCGGUUGAGGGCCCAGGCCCGCGCUGCCCGGUUAGCUCAGUCAACAUCGCGGGUGGAUCAGAUGAUUGAGGUAGGACGUCGGUUUGCGAACAAGGCGCAUAAGACGAUGGUGUACACGCUGAUUGCUGCAUCUGUCUACUCCGUCAUCUCUUUAACGCUAUACAACCGUCGGCAGCGGGCUCUGUGGGUGGAGAAGGAGAUGCAGAGACUGCAGGAUGCGAAGACGGCGUAUGCUGCCGGUACGGCUAACACGGAGCAAUUGGAGCUGCUCAAGAAUGAGAAGAUCGGGGAGAUCUUCCAGCAGAAGAAGGAGGAGGCGAAGGCGCAGCGGCCCUGGAAUCAGGUCAAGAACUUCUUCUUUGGUGGUUUGAAGCAGGAUGAGAAGGCUGCUGCUGAUAGCAGCAGCUCUAUCCCCGAUAGUGUCUUGGAGGGCGGCAGCAAGUCCGCAGUGCUGGAGGCGCUGAACGCUAAGGCUGCGGAGGACGCGGCUAAGUCUGCUCCUGCCGCUGCUGCUCCUAAGGGCCCGCUGGAUGCGUUGGCUGAGAAUGCGGAAGAUGCUGCGAAGCAGUCGACGCGAAGCUGGAAGAGCUGGUUUACUGGACGGUAA